AGUGACUGCCCCAUCCCCAGCCGGCCAACCCUCUCCACCCCGGACUCGGGCAGAGGCCCCGGCAGCCCAGCGUCCAUCUGCGCCUCAGGGACAGCAAGAGCGCUCCUGGGGCCCCCGCCGGUCGCGCUCCCCCGGGAUGCGAGUCCUUGAGCCGACGCCCGGCAGAGGCCGGCACGGGCGCGGCUACUCCCCGUGCACAGGGAUGAAGCUGUCCCGGCGACCCAGGCGACCCGCAGCGGCCAGCCCCGCGGGCCCCUGAGGCCGCCGCCCCGAACGCUCCGCUACUGGGCUCCCAGAGUUGCCUGGGGCGCCCUCCCCAACCGCCAAACCUCCUGUGGUCCUCCUUGACCCGGACCCAUGGAGCCGGCGGUCCUGGCCUCGCACAACCUCCCGCACCACGAGCCAAUCAGCUUUGGCAUCGAUCAGAUCCUGAGCUGCCCGGAACCCCCCGGGAGCGGCCUAGGCCCCGGUCGUUCAGGCCAGGGCCAUGGGGAGAGUGCGGCGUUCUCGGGUGGAUUUCACGGAACCUCAAGCUACGGUCCCGCGGGUUCGCUGGCCCCGCUACCUGGCAGCUCCGGCAUGGGCCCAGGCGGCGUGAUCCGCGUCCCCGCGCAUCGUCCAAUGCCAGUGCCGCCGCCCGCGGGAGGCGCGCCGGCAGUGCCUGGACCCUCUGGCUUGGGCGGAGCCGGGGGCCUAGCCGGACUCACCUUCCCUUGGAUGGACAGCGGCCGCCGCUUUGCCAAGGACCGGCUCACGGCUGCUCUCUCGCCCUUCUCCGGGACGCGCCGCAUAGGCCACCCGUACCAAAACCGGACCCCCCCGAAGCGGAAGAAGCCGCGCACGUCCUUCUCCCGCUCGCAGGUGCUGGAGCUGGAGCGGCGCUUCCUGCGCCAGAAGUACUUGGCCUCGGCCGAGAGGGCAGCGCUGGCCAAGGCCCUGCGCAUGACCGACGCCCAGGUCAAGACUUGGUUCCAGAACCGGCGCACCAAGUGGCGGCGCCAGACGGCCGAGGAGCGCGAGGCGGAGCGGCACCGCGCGGGCCGGCUGCUCCUGCACCUGCAGCAGGAUGCCCUACCACGGCCUCUGCGGCCGCCGCUGCCCCCGGACCCGCUCUGCCUGCACAACUCGUCGCUCUUCGCGCUGCAGAAUCUGCAGCCUUGGGCCGAGGACAACAAGGUGGCUUCCGUGUCCGGGCUCGCCUCGGUGGUGUGAGCGACGCCUGCCUGACCGGC